ACACUUGAAGCGAAUAUACGCAGUUAAAUGCACUCGCAUCCAUCUUCAGGACCCAAUUUCCAACCCUAACACCUUUCAAGAGUUACUUUGUGGGGAUUUGAUUUGUUUGAAGAUGUUAUGUACUCGUCGACAAAUUUAUUGUUAUGGUCUGGUCGAGAAACUAAUAGUCCUGACGCGAGAAGGUGGAAAUCAGAAGACCACUAGGUUUGCGAUGAUACUUCUACUUUCCAAACACAAGGAGACGAAAAUAAAUGGUUUGACACCAAAGUGUAGUCAUCUUGGAAAUGAAUCACAAAGUUGUCCAAAUGAUUCUAAUUCUCUCCUAUUAGAAGAUGAACACCACCACCAACAACAACAACAAAAAGCCGUCAGUAGUAGUUCAAAAUCUAAACUGCUAAAGCGUAGACUAUCACCAUUAAAAUCUGCUAGUAAAGAAGAGAAACAAGAAGGAGGAGGAGAACCAGGAGAAGUUAAGAAAAAGUUGCAUGGAUUAAUAAUCGAAAAAGGCGACACCUCACCUCAUCAUCACCGUCAUCAUGAUGUUAGUUUCACCAGUUCUGACGACCAAGCAACAAUAACGCCUGAGAAAUCAAUGACAAAUAAACCAGUAGAUAAUAACAGUGGUGGUAAUACUGGUGGAUGUGGUCGAUUAUUACGUCAACGAUCAAGUGGAGCUUGGUAUGGUGUCGACCUAGAGUAUGAUGAUGAUGAUGAUGAUGAAUCCGAUGAGGAUGGUAGUGCUAGAAGUGACGAUGAUGAUAAGUAUACGCAUAAACCAUCAUCCUCUACUAAACGAAUCCCUAUUACUGGUAGUAGAAGUGGUACGUCAAAACAAUGGAUGACAACAGAAAUAGACGAUGAUGAAAGCAAUGAAUUACUAUACACAUCAAAAUCAAAUCAAUCAACGUCUAAACUUCAAGAUUCUGAGCAUACAGAAGAUUCAA